UCUUAGGAGUGGGAGGGAGAGAGACUUGGCAGAGGUAUUCCACGCUGCCUCGUUGCAAACUUUGUGUCUUCAGGGAUCCUGCUCUCAAUCUGCUCAAACCAGAGAGGCAGAUAAACACCCUCCUCAGAAUAACUCCAGCUUUCGGGAUUUCUCCUCACUUUUGAACAAUGUGAACGGGAAGCACAAUUGAACUCACAACUGCAUCUGUCUGAAAUGAUUCGUGUUUUUUUUAAACCCCCAACUUUGAUCGGAAUGGUGGCUUGGACAACUGAAUGAACAAUGAGCAGGAGAAGCGUCUUGGGGUGUUGACGGGCAACCCGUUUCUAAGAUGGAGUCGGUGGCCAAGGAACCGCUGGAGACGGCGACACCGAAAGGGGCCUCAAAACUGCAGCCCAAGCCACCCUUGAAACCCAAGCCCCCCGUGCUAGCCCACGGGGCCGGGAAGCAGGACAGAGCUCACGCUGCCGCUGCCGCCGUUCCAGAACCUUCCGCCGAGCCGAAUGGCCCUCCGGUCCCUGCCAAACGGAAGACCUCGGAUGAGGCAGUGGCUGGAGACGCCCUCUCCAGUUCCGGGAACGUCCGGAAGAUGCGGGAGUUGUUCGACAAGGCUUCGGGCCUAGCCGAGGGCGAGGAGCCAGUAGCCAAGGAGCAACCGGCUCGAGGUCUCGUCCGGUCAGAACCAGCGCUGGACAUUCCCGACGGGACCAGGCCCGUGCCCAAGGCCCGGAAAAAGCCCCUGGCGAGGUCAGCGGGCCUGACCGAUGACCCAGUGAUGCAUGGUGAGGGUGGUCAGGUACCCCCAGUGCCCAAACGGCUGCCUUUGGAAGUACAUCCCAGCCAGGAAACUUCGAAAGGACUCGAGAUGGAGUUGCCAGCGGCUGGAGAGACGGCGGAAGUGUGGCACUGUCCGCCCGGUUGUCCAUGCAUGUGUCACCUCCAAAGGCCCGGGAUGGUGCUGGUCUGGAAAGCACUGCCUGAAGGCCAGGACGAGACGGACGGUUCCGAUCACUCCGGCUCAGAUUCCUCGGGGACCGGGCAUUUCCAUUUCAUCCUGCACGUCACCGACGCGGAUCUCUCCGGGACAGAGGAGAAGGAAGGCGUCACGCGCCCGGAGGAGCAGGAGGCGGCCAUUUUGAGAGAUGAGGUCAAUGGCGGAAACGGCGCCCUCUCCCUCCCGCCCGGGUCGCAGGUCAUCUCUAAGGAGGACAGGCUCCGGCCCCGGCCGCCGGCCAGGCCCCCCAACGCAGUGCCCAAACCCUUACGACGGAACAGACCGGUAGCCCCCGUGGCGGACGCACCGCACUUACCUCAGCAGAGGCUCGCUCUCCUCAGGCAGCGGUACACGGCCUCCGACCUGGACAAGAUCUCCAAGUGCGUGGGCGAGCUGAACCUCCACAUCCAGAAGCGGCAGCUGCCCCCGGCCGGCGAGCAGCCCCCCCCCGUGGCGGAGGAGAUGGCCUCUCGUCGGCCCGUGGCAGCCUGCGGCCUACCGGAACCCCCCAGCCCCAAGGUGACGCGCUCGGCACCGCCCAGCCCCAAAGACAAGCACCAGCCGGGGCUUUAUGACGCAGUCUACGACCUGGCUCUUGAUGAUGGUUCAAGACAUGACGGUUAUGAGGCCCAUCUGGAGAUUGUAGAGAGCAGUGAUGUGAAGACCGGCAAUCGGAACUCGACCAACUGGGAAUCCCAAUUUGAGAGCGAACCUUUGUACCAAACGUACAGGGAGACGGUGAUCAAGAAGGAGAUUAAACGGCAGACCCUGAUGCGAGACUCCAGCAAGACCAGCGAGGACUACGCCUACGAGAGCAUCCCCCUGGUUCCCGACGGCGACGCCGCCUCCCUCCAGACUCCGAGGCUGCAGGCCCUGUGGCAGAACCUGAACACAGUGCGACAGAGUGGGAUCCUGACUGACCUGAGCCAGCAGGAAUGCAGGCUCCAGGAGAGUAUGUUCGAGGUGCUGACGUCCGAGGCCUCCUACCUCCGCAGCCUGAACGUCCUCAUUGAGCACUUCAUGAACAGCAGGGACCUGAACGACACCAUCAUCUUACGAGACAAAAAGACCCUCUUUUCCUGCAUCACCAGGGUGAAAGAAGUCAGUGAAAGUUUCCUGAAGGAUCUUGAAGAGCGGAUGGAUGAGAGUAUCAUGAUAACUGACGUCUGCGACAUAAUUUAUUUCCACGCCCAGCACAAUUUCCAGGUGUAUGUUGACUAUGUACGUAACCAGCUCUACCAGGAACAGAAGUACAGCCAACUGAUGGAGGAGAAUUCUCAAUUUGCAGCCGUUGUUGUCCGUCUUCAGGAGCAGCCCAGGUGCCAGAGGCUCCCCCUCAUGUCCUUCCUGCUGCUCCCUUUCCAGCGAAUCACACGCAUUAAGAUGCUGAUUGAGAACAUACUCCAGCGAUCGGAAGUCGGGUCUGUCAAUGAGGAAACGGCCUCGAAGGCUCUAGGCCUCGUUUCCAAGAUAAUUGGAGAAUGCAACCGAGAAGUCGGGAUAAUGAAGCAAAUGGAGGAAAUGAUCCACAUCGGAAAGAAGCUGGAAUUUGACAAGCUGAAGGCCAUCCCCAUCAUCUCUCAGCAACGCCAUCUUGAGAAGCGAGGGGAAUUGUGGGAGAUUGGCUCGCGGGGGAACCUGUUUGCGAUGAAACCCAAGCUCUCUCCUCUCUACCUUUUCCUCUUCAACGACCUCCUGCUCAUCACCACAAAGAAAAGGUCUGACCUGCACCGCUGGGUGGAUGCCUUAAUGUCCGGCAAACGGGACCUUCUGGAAGAUUCCGACAACGACAAAAUCUACGAACGCUGGGACUGCCCCCAGGUCCAGUGCCUGGUUGCCUACAUGGCCCAGCAGACGGAUGAACUCAGCUUGGAGCCGGCCGACGUUAUCAACAUCACCAGGAAAUCGCCGGAGGGUUGGUACGAAGGCUGCAAGUUGUCAACCGGGCAGAAGGGCUGGUUCCCGAGUGCGAACGUGCAGGAGAUCACCAACGAGCACGUGCGCAGGCGUAACCUGAGGGAGCGGUACCGCCUCCUACAGGCAGCGCAGCAUCAGGUCCAGGACGGGGCGGUUGCCAAGAAGGUGAACACCUCCCUCUGAAAGGCCGGGACGGUGCUAGAGUAGGGCAGGGGCCUACAAAUGAGUGACAAUGCUCACUCCGGCCUAGCAGAGGCCUGUUGGCAGGCUUCAAAACACAGAGCAUAACCAUGGCAACCAGGAAAUCGGGCGGUGCUGCUUUUAUCUGGACUGCUUUCGUUUGGGGAUGAGAAGGGGAGAAGAAAAUGGGACAAACACUAUGCGUGAAUUUACCUCAAUUUGUUCUUGGCUCCAUGCAAACCAUUCUGCCACUUCUGGUGAUGCCCUACUGGUGACCUUUAACCUGACGCUCAACCCUGGCAAGGAGAUGAAUGCCAAUUUUUUUGUUUGGGUGCCAACCCCAGAGGAAAGCUCUGCAACCCUGUGUUCUUAGAAUCAUUUCCCAGGUAGGCCCGAAGCCUCGAUUUCCACAGAACAAGAUCCCGUGACCAGAGGUGGUGGGGCUUGGUGUGAGGAGUCGGUCAUGGCGCCGGCCAUGUUGGAAACGGUGGAA